CUCGUUGUGAAAUGUAUUCAGGGUCCAACUCCAACAAAUUCUAUUAAUGGUGGUCGUGGGAGUGAAGGUUUGUUCGUGUUAAACAGGUCUCCUGUUGUUGCUGCUUCUGUUGCUGCGGUUUCUGGCUGAUAAUCAAUCCCUGUCUAACUUUAACAUUUAAGUGCUAGGAACUUUGAAAUGGUAAUACCAUACCGUGGAUACUGGCAUUGUAGGGUCUAGUGAAAUGAUUUUGCCACAAGCAUAUUCCAAACAAGGAUACUUUUGUCAGCUUAGACAAUGAGAGUGAUGAGGUUCAUCCACAAAGUAUCUACUUCAUAAGCAAGAUCUUAGCGGGGAUGAAGACUGCUCUCUAGCAUUGCAAGAUUGUUGAAAAAGAUGUUUUGUUUAUUCAGUUGUCAGGGAAAUUGGUUUGAAAUUAUCAGAUAGCCAACUUCUUGGCUUGAAGUGAUAUUAGAGCUCUUGUUCCAUGAUGUCUCAAGAGUUUGCGUAAUUAUGAUCGACUGGUUGUACGACGAUGACAAUUUGAGAAUAGCACCAUUCAUACUAUAAAGGUUUCUGAGGUUCGGCCCAUAAAGCUUCAGCCUUUUCCUCAUAUGUCAAGUAGAAAAGUAGUGCUAUGAUUUGCCUACUUUAGCUGUGCUGUUUUCUUUUCAGUCGAACCAAAAAACAUGAACAAAUUUUGUAAAGAAAUAGAAUUCAGCUGAGUUAUACCAUGGUGUGUUGGCCAAACACGAAAAUUGGCUUUAGUAACAUCGUCAGUUCUCAGCUGUACACUGGCUUUUUGUCACUCUCUUCUACAUACUUGCUUCCAAUUGAUGUUUGAAAUUGAUUGUCUGAACUUCUCUUUCAUGUGGGCAUUUAUUUAAACGUCACUUAUCCAUUUUCAAAAGCUUGUUGCAUCCUUCCUCUGUGACCUUUGUGCCUCAGACUUUAAGAACAACCAACCAAUUAGGAUAUCACCCUCAGCUCAGAUUUAUGUUAUGCUGAUAAACCUUAUGAAAUUUGGAGUCGUAUGUGGAAUUAUCUCGAGUCUAUCUAGUUCCUAGUAGCUUAGAUGUAGUUAUAUUUGAUUGUGUUGAGCUUUAUAAUUUAAUGUUAGUUAUUAUAUAAGAUUGUACUUGAUGUAAGCCUCAUAGAGCACAGCUAUUGGUUGGUUAUAUAUAUAACAUCUGAAAAUUUAUCUAGUUUUACUGUCAAUUUCCUUGGAAAAUAAAAUUUUAAAUUGAAGUAGUAAGUAUAAUUUUCUUUGGAAAAACAUCUGCAAACCUAAGACAUUUCUGUUUUCUGAGUCAGUUUCAAUUCUCAGCAUUUACGUAAUUGUGAGCCAACAAAUUAUUAUUGUUUCCAGUUCCUGUUCAGCCCUCAAUUCUUCCCUGUUUUGACAGUGAUACCAAGAGGGACUGAACUGGUUGGAGCUUAGAAACCAACUGUAAGUGAGAUGGUGAACAUGAGACAACUCACCAUUAGCUACAAUGCUUAUGUUCUUCUUAAGAUGGAUCAUCGUAAAUUACAGCUCCACCAACAUUUCUCCCCUAGCAUCAGUGGGUUGUUCACAGCUAGUAACUCAAGCACUUGCCUAACACAUUCUCUUGCCAUAUCAUCCCAGUGGGUUGAUGAGGCUGUAGUAAGCAGACUUGAAUACAACAUGCAGCAACUCUGCUCUGGAACUUCUAAUUUCGGGCAAGGGAAGCAAGUUCAUGCACAGUGCAUACUCCAUGGAUUACUUGACAAUGGGGUGCUGGGGCCAAAGAUUUUGAGGAUGUAUAUUCUCUGUGACAGCUUCAGGGAUGCUGUCAAAAUGUUUUAUCACGUCCCUUCACAUUAUACCAUGAUUUGGAAUUGGAUGAUCAGAGGAUUUGAUAACCUGGGUCGCUUUGAUUUGGUCUUACUAUUCUACUUCAAAAUGUGGACUUCUGGUGUUUCUCCUGAUAAAUACACAUUCCCUUCUGUAGUGUGAGCCUGUGGUGGGUUGAACAAUGUUGCACUGGCCAAAUUAAUUCAAGAUGAUGUUUUAGUCGUGCGUUUUGACUGGAUAUGCACAUGGGUAGCUCGUUAGUGAAGUUAUGUGCUGAGAAUGCGCAUCUGCAGGAUGCUUGUCUACUGGUCGAUAGAAUGUCUCAAAAAGAUUGUGGUCUGUGGAACGUGAUGCUUAGCAGUUUCGCAAAAUAUGGGCAGUCAGGUAGACCACUGAAAGCAUUCAGUGAGAUACAAAAUUCGGGUAUAAUACCCACUGCAGUUAUGUUUGCUUGCGCUCUUUCUGUCUGCUCAGCAGAUGCAAUGAUUCGAUUUGGCUCUUUGAUUCAUGGACUUGCUGUUACUUAUGGGUUACAGUUCGAUCCUCAUGUUGCAAAUACACUAGUCUCCGUGCAUUCUAAAUGCAGAUGGUUGGCUGAUGCACGCAAACAGUUUGAUAAUAUGUUUCAAACUGAUUUGGUUAAGUGGAACUGCAUGAUGGCUUGACUGGUGCAACAUGGGUUUAUGGAAGAAGGUUCAAAUUUGCUUAAGGAGAUGAUAUCUGCAGGCGUUAAACCAGACGGACGGACAUUUGCAACUUGUCUUCCAUCAGUUGCAGACUCCAUGAGUUUCACACUUGGAAAGGAAAUUCAUGGCUAUAUACUUAGGCAUGGUAUAAGUUUGGACGUCUUCUUGAAAAGUGCACUUAUUGACAUCUACUGUAAGUGUAGGAAUGUGGAAAUGGCGUACAGAUUUAUAGCCAAAGCAGCAGCAUUGAUCUGGUAAUGUCCAUGGCUAUGAUCUCAGAGUACGUGCUAAAUGGCAAGGCCAAUAGUGCUUUAGAAGUGUUUAGGUGGUUUCUUCAGGAGAAAAUGAGUCCAAACUCCCUCACCAUGGCAAUCAUCUUUACGACUUUACCUGCAUGUGCCAGCCUAGCGGCUCUGAAACUGGGCGUGGAAUUGCAUGGCAAAAUCCUGAAGAAUGGGCCAGUAUUAGAAGGUAAUGUUCAUUUAGAAAGUGCUGUUAUGGACAUGUAUGCAAAAUGUGGAAGGCUGGAUCUUGCUCACCAAAAUUUCAGAAGAAUGCAUGUGAAGGAUGCUGUUUGUUGGAACUCCAUAAUUACUAGCUGUACCCAGAACAGCAAACCAGCAGAGGCCAUAUAACUGUUCCGGCAAAUGGGAAAGGAAUAAGGACUAACGUAUAACCGAAUAAGCAUCUCUGCUGCUUUAUCCACUUGCACAGACUUGUCCUAACUCCAAUACGAGGAUAUACACACCGUUUUACUCACGAGUACAGUUGAUUAUGAUUUGUUUGCUCAAAGACCUUUGUUUUUUUUUUUUAAAGUGAUUUCAUUCAUUCAUUCCCCAAAGAGCAAAGUUACAGCAAAGCAGAUACAACAUUGAGAAAAGCAUAUACAACAUUGAGAAUAUGAAGCCAUUCAAGAUGAAGGCCAUUAAGUCUACAGUUUCUAGCCACCCAAUCAGCACAUUUGUUGUGGAGACGACUCGUGAAAGAAACACGAAUCCUUGUCGAAUGUUGCAAGAUUCUGGAGAUGGAGGAAAGGGAUGCGUAACAACGCCAAGGCCAAUCAGCAGGCUGGCCAUUGAGAGCGUCCACCAGAACUUUGCAAUCGGACAUGAUAACUGAGGGGGACGGGUCUUCAAGUGCACAAUGGCAAGCUUCAAGAAUUGCAUGUGCCUCUGCUUCAAUUGGGGAAGAACAAGAGAUCCUUCCAGCCUUUCCAUCACAAAUCUGUCUAUUGGAGUUAGUAAUAACUAAUCCAAAAGCCG